AUGGUUCAGAACGGAGGUGACUUCGACCUCGACACCGACAUGGCUACCGACAAGUUGGUCAACGAGGCCUACGCCAAAAUUGAGGCACUCGAGGGCGCCAAAGCGAAGCGUAUCAAGAUCGAACCACCUGGCAAAUACGGAGGAACCAAGGAGGAUCUCGUAGGAUUCCUGACAAACCUCCGAUCCUACUUCCGGCUUAAUGACGACAAGUUUCCGGACGACAAAGCCAAAGUCCUCUACGUAGCCACGAGAUUGGAGGGCAAGGCACUUAGAUGGUUCGAGCCUACGUGGAACGACUAUCUCACUGAGGAAGACGAAGACGACCGAGACGCGUUCACGUAG